UAAACCCAAAGUAAUUUAAGAAAUAUAAUUAUUAAAAUGUCCUCCUCAGACGCCCUUACUGAAGACCAGAUUGCUGAAUUCAAGGAAGCCUUCUCCCUUUUCGAUAAAGAUGGAGAUGGUACCAUCACCACCAAGGAGCUCGGAACUGUCAUGAGAUCCUUGGGACAGAACCCAACUGAAGCUGAACUUCAAGAUAUGAUUAACGAAGUCGAUGCUGAUGGAAACGGAACCAUUGAUUUCCCAGAAUUCUUGUCCUUGAUGGCCAGAAAGAUGAAGGAAACCGAUACUGAAGAAGAACUCAUGGAAGCCUUCAAGGUAUUCGACAGAGAUGGUAACGGACUCAUCUCAGCUGCCGAGCUUAGACAUGUCAUGACCAACCUCGGAGAGAAACUCAGUGAUGAAGAGGUAGAUGAAAUGAUCAGAGAAGCCGAUGUUGAUGGAGAUGGUCACAUCAACUACGAAGAGUUCGUCAAAAUGAUGAUGUCUACCUAAAUAUAAUUGCUUGUAACAAUAAUUUUGCCAAA